AUGGCUAAAUCUUUGUUUUCUGUGAUGAACAGAUUGGAAUCUUUAUCCAAACAAAAAGGGCUUAAUGCUCACGCUAGCCCCAGUGGGACUGCCUGCUACAUAACAUCCAACAUGUUUUAUAUAGAAGUUCAGCUGGACAAGGGUGGAGAGGUGAUGGAUGUAAAGUUGGCUCACCUUGGAGAAGAACCUGUGGUUUGUGACGACCUGGUGCAGCACCUAAGUGAAAUGAAAGCUAAGGGAUACUUUGCUUUGCAGGCCCUUGAAAAGGAUCUUUAUUCAAUGUCUCUUCUAGACAGAACACAGGAUGUAAACAGAGUUACUGAAGUACUUCAUGGAAAAGUAGGACACCUUGUGCCAAGAACUGGAGGCACUCCUAUGAACAUUGAAUUUUACAUUUCUCCCUAUCAAGUUUUGGAAGCAGAACUAAAUCCCGGUUCCCAGGUAUGUGGAACAAAAGCAGUUGUGACUGUUGAAGGCACAGAUACAGUCCACAAACUUCCUCUUUCUCCGCUGCUUGUAGAGUCUCAAGCUGGAGAGGACGGCCACCCUGCUUUUUUGCCACUGACUGAUGAACUCAGCAUGGAUUUGCCAGCCUUUUUUGUGUUGAAGUUUCACCAGCCUAUUCCUAUGUCCUCAUCCAGUAUUGAAGAGAUACAGAGGCUCACAGGAAUUCAGAUUACUGGCUUGAAACUAGCCCCUCUGUAUGAGCUGAUUGUUCAGUCUACCCUGAAAGAAAAAUGCAGUGAAGACUUUUCUACACAUAAAUCCUGUUUCUUUGUGGUGAGUAUAGUGUGCAUUUGACACACACACUCUAGCCUUAUGCAAGAUAUACACUGAAUUAUAUUUCCCUACAAGCAAGCAAUACAGACUUCCCAGCAUCUCAACAAUAUUUAAAUGCUCUUUAAGAAAUAGUUCAAGUUAUUUAUGAAACAAUAUUAGAACCUUUCAAGUAAGUGAGCGUCUCAUCCUCAUUAAACACUGUGUGCAUGACUGCUGAAGUCAUACUAAUUUGUCUAUAUGUAACCCAAAUAUUAACUCUUCUAAAAAUUGGUCAAAUUUUCAUCAUUAAUAACUUAAAAAGAAGGAAACUUAUUGACUGAUGUAAGGAGCAAAUCCCAAGAUGGUACUUACCUAGAUUUUUGAAGGUCUUUAUCAUGCUGCAUGUCACGCUGCCUAUUGUGACUGAUUCAAUACUGAUUCCCUUUAAAGGGAGCAGAAGGAAGAAAAGUGCAAGGUGAUAGCAAUUACUCUUUAAACCCAUGGUUGCUUAACCAUAGACAGCUUCCCUUUUAAUUACUGUUUCAUUAAAAAAAAUUUAAUUGAGGCUGCAUUAGAUGUAGAAGAAAAGUUUUAGAAUAGAAAAUGGUGGCUGAAAU